AGUCUUUGGCAUACUCAACUCUGCAGCUCCUCAAAGCCCCAAUUUGUCUCGCCAAACGAAAACCCUCGCAAAAUCUCUGCAACCCCUUUGCUAUUGGCAGCUUAAGACGAAAAUGGUGAACAAAAACCCAGAACUCCUCCCAAAGGUAGAGCAUCCCGAACUGCUCCCAAAAGUAGAGCCAACACUCGCAAAAGACGUAAACAAGAAGAAGAGGAAGAAGAAGAACCCGCAGAAACCAAUCUCAAUCUGUGUUGAUGCUGAUGGAAAUCCCAUUAUUGAUGCCCAAAAAUCUAUUGUAAUAAAGCAAGCUCUACAGAAUUCAGAAAUAAAGGCAAAUCCAGAGCCAGUGCCAAUACUCACAGCAGUCAAAAGCAAGAAGAGGAAAAGAAAGAAGAGCAAAACCACAGUCGCUGUUGAUGCGGCAAAGAAAAUUAAAGUUGAUGCGGAGCCAGAGUCAAUACUCACAGCAGUCAAAAGCAAGAAGAGGAAGAGAAAGAAGAGCAAAACCACAGUCCCUGUUGAUGCGGCAAACCAAGUUGAUGUUGCAGCCCAAGUUGGUGUGGCGGGACAAGAAGAUGCGGCAAAGAAAGUUAAAGUUGAUGCGGAGCCAGAGCCAAUACUCACAGCAGUCAAAAGCAAGAAGAGGAAGAAAAAGAAGAGCAAAACCAGAGUCCCUGUUGAUGCGCCAAAGCCAAUACUCAAAGCAGUAAAAAGCAAGAAGAGCAAAACCAAAGCAGUAAAAAGCAACAAGAGCAAAACCAAAAAAAGCAACAAGAGCAUACUCAAAGCAGUAAAAAGCAAGAAGAGCAAAACCAAAGCAGUCAAAAGCAACAAGAGCAAAACCAAAGCAUUCAAAAGCAACAAGGGCAAAACCACAGAGGCAAAGAAAAUUGAUGCGGCAAAGAAAGUUGAAGGGCCAAAAUAUGUUGAAAUAUGUGUGAUAUGCCGGAAAAAAGGGCAUCUCAUCCCAACUUGCCCUGAGCUGAACGAAACGAUUGUUCCCAACCCGAACCACAAUACUGAACAGAAAAAGGAAUCCGGAAAGAAGGGUUCUGCGCGCCCUCAGCCUCCUCAAGAUGUGAAAAUGAGGAAAGGCCAAGAGGACAGGUUACUUGUGACUGGUUGCGCUCUUCAGGUUGAUCCCAUGGCAGAUGAGAUAUAUGGUGGUAAAGAAGACGAGUCCACUGUGAAACUGAAAGAGGGCCAAGAGGACAGGUUACUUGUGACUGGUUGUGCUCUUCAGGUUGAUCCCAUGGCAGAUGAGACAUAUGAUGGUAAAGAAGACGAGUCCACUGUGAAACUGAAAGAAGGCCAAUAGGACAGGUUACUUGUGACUGGUUGCACGCAUCAGGUUGAUUCCAUGGCAGAUGAGACUUAUGGUGGUAAAGAAGAUGAGUCCACUGUGAAAGUUUCACAAGAAAGUCUUAAAAUCAGACAAAAAACAGGAUCCUGAAUUAGUGAAUUCUGGUGCAUGAUGAUUUUUGUAAGAUGAAAUUCAUGGGAUUUCUUGUAAUUCCUUUUUGUUUAUGAUCGCAGUUGUACAACAUGUCUUUGCUUUGUAUUGUGAACUUUUUUCCUGGAGUAGCUCUGACCAUUUACAUUACAUGGGUCUGAAAUUGUCAACCAUCCAGGUUCUUUUUCAUUGGAUAUGUCCUUGUGUGUUCUCUCCCCUAAUGCAAUUUCCAUUGUUAUUUAUUGUACGGAUGCGAUGAAUUGGUGUUGGUGUAUGAAAUUGUAUUGUU